AAAAAAGAUGACGAGGACGUGAAAGCUAUGCUACUCGGUAACAAUACUGUUAGCAGAAGAAUAGACGAAAUGAGUAAAGAUAUUGAAAUACAACUUGUUGAAAAGCUGAAAACAAGAAAAUUCUCAGAGCAAAUGGAUUAAUCAACUAUCAGAGGCAGUGAGGCUGUAUUGAUAGAUUACAUAAGAUAUAUUGAUUAAGGGUGUUUUGCUGAAGAAUCGUUGUUCUGUAAAUCAUUAGAAAGCACCACUGCCGCCAAAGAUAUAUAU